AUGGUGGCUCUGGAUUGGAUGUUACCGUUGCCGUUGCACAGGGAAGCCAUUGGCCGAACCCAAGAUGGACGUUUGUUUGGCGCGCUGAACGUCAGCCAGAAAGAAUGGACGGCUCCUCCACACCGCAGAUAUUACGGGUCGCCAGCUGUCGCCACCACCGCCCGGUAG